CUGGUGUGCCAGCUGUGAGAAAAAUAACCUAGACAUGCCUUUGCACAAAGUUUCCUGAACAGGCGGGGAUUAACAAUUACGUAGAAGACGAUGUGUGUUUAUUACGAAGUAAACAAAUAUCUAGUAGCAAAUAGAGCACAAGUUUGAAGAUAAGCUUUAACUCCAUGUUAUUACCAUACCAGCAUUAUGGAUUUACAGGUUGAAGAAAUUAUUCACCAGUACAGAGAGUUUUCCAAAGUUCCAAAUCCUAUCAAGGCAAAUUUGAUUCUGGGACCCAAAGAAAACUCUGUAUCUAUUCGUUCUGAAUGGAGUGUGCGAGACUUGGAACGCUCUGAAAGAGUUCAGUUUGUUGUACAUCAUGUUGGCCAUAGUAAUGGAAAGGAUCAGUUCCAGGUUUUAACUGUAGGACCAGCUACUUUGAUGCCUAAUUUGAAGCUAUCUAGUGUUUCUUCAUCUGGAAAGUUCCUAGCCAUUCUUAGCGAAACACCAAACAAGAAAGGGGAAAAACAGCAAUACUUGGAAGUUUGGACUAGCAAAUUGAAAAUUCUUAAUGUCAACCUUCAAAACUUAGAAGCUCAUGGGAGUGUUUGUGAUGAUAAAGAAUUUGGUUGUUUGGAGUGGUCUAAUGAUGAAAGCUACUUGCUGUAUAUUGCUGAGAAGAAGAAACCUAAAGGAGAGUCAUUUUUCAAAGAAAGCAGUAUACAUAGUGGUAGCUUAAAGAAAGAAGAGAUAAGAAAGGGGGUUGAGUUUUUGUAUGAAGACAACUGGGGAGAACAACUUGAAGAAAGACAUCACACAGUGGUUUGUGUGAUAAAUAUAAGCACAGGAUCAGUUACUGUAGUUGACCAUCUUCCCCCUGGUGUUUCUUCUGCCCAGGCUGUUUGGAGUCCUAAUGAUGCUGGUGUAGUGUGUGUGGGAUGGGAUGAAAAACCAUACUGCCUAGGUCUGGUUUAUUGCAAAAAUAGAAGGAGCCACUUAUACUACCAGGAGAUUGAAACUAAUUCUUGUGUGGUGAUCAGCAACAAAGAGAAAUGUGUGUUUUCUCCACGAUUUAGUCCUGACAAUCAUUAUCUUGUAUUUCUUGAAAGUCAGGUUGGAGGUCCACAUUUUAGUGGAAGUCGACUGAUAAAGUAUGAUUGGAGAUCGAAGGAAUCAACAGUGGUUGUGGAUCUAGUAAAUGAUUCUCUAGGAGGAGGAUUUCCUGGAAUCUAUUUAAAUGGCCUACCAUCCAGGUGUUGGACUAAAGACAGCAAUUGUCUUGUAUUUAACACUUUCUGGAAAAGCAAGCAGGAAUUAGUAUGUGUGGAUAUUCAUAAUGGGCAAGUAGAACGGCUGACUAAUGAUGAAGAAAUAGGUUCCUGGGAGUUGUUAGACAUGAGAAAAGAUAUAAUUAUUGCAUCACGAUCAUCACUAAAUGUCUACCCACAUCUAAUUCUUGGAAGACUGCAACGUAGUGACCAGAAAACAGAUAUUGAGUGGAUAGAACUGGACAAUACUAGUCAUCAGAUACCAGAUAUUGAUUGGACUAUCAUCCCUUUAAAGCCAACAAAAGAAACUGAAAAUUCUGAGUUCUUGGGAAUAGAAUAUGAAGCUGUUUUAGUAAAACCAAAAAAAGGUGGAGAUGAAAAAAUCCAUUCUCAUCCACUGAUUGUGUGGCCACAUGGUGGUCCUCAUUCUUUGAUCACACCAGGAUAUGCUCUGUAUCCAAUAGUUUUUGCAAAACUUGGAUUUGCUUCACUAUUAGUGAAUUUUCGUGGUUCCUUAGGUUUUGGUGAACAUAGCAUCAACUCAUUACUAGGUAACAUUGGGAACCAGGAUGUUAAGGAUGUUCAACUUGCUGUGGAAAAUGUAUUGACAAGAGAGGACAUAAACAGAGCUCAACUUUUUCUAUUUGGUGGAUCUCAUGGGGGUUUUCUUGUUACUCAUAUUGCAGGCCAGUUUCCAGAUCAGUACAGAGCAUGUGCUUGCAGGAAUCCAGUAGUAAAUAUUCCAGCUUUACAAGGUAACUCGGACAUUCCUGACUGGUGUUUCACAGAGGCAGGUCUUGGAAAACAAUUUAGCUUUCAAGAGCCAGCUACUUCAGAAGUACUAACCACCAUGUGGAACUGUUCACCAAUCAGAUAUGUAAAUAAUAUAAAAAUCCCAGUCUUGUUCCUUAUUGGUAAAAAUGAUCUCAGAGUACCUUCCAAUCAAGGACUGUACAUGUUUAAAUUGCUGAAAGCAAGAGGAAGACCUGUGAAGUGUCAUGUGUAUGAAGAUAACCAUCCCCUUUCGAAAGUGGAAGUCGAAGCUGAUGCCUUUGUAAAUACAGUUCUCUGGUUUGCUGAACACCUUGCAUCAGAAGAUGGUAAACUGUAGAACGGGGAGCUUCUAAGGCUUUAGUAUUGGUGUAAUACAUUUAUCACACUAAGUAUAGCAUAUAAACAGUGCCCUGGUAUAAUAAACUGAACAGCUGUGUUAUAGAAUUGAUAAUAAUGAUAGAUACCUGCAAUGAAACACAAGUACGAAACUAAGGAGAAACAAACCAAUCUGUACCCGAUAGCUUCAAGUUUCCACAUUUGAAAGAAUAUAAAAGUUGUAUAUUCAUACACAUACUGUACCUCCAGCAAAGUUUUGUUGCCGUAAAGGAACAUAGAC